AUGAGGUUUCAUCUCUUUUUCUUUAUUCUGCUCUUUUGGGCCACAAUAUUAACAGCCAGAAGUCAUAUUGACGUCAGACAUAGAAUAGAGAGGUGUGAAAACGUGCGAGGAAAGUGUAAGACCUACUGUGAUGUUGAUGAGUAUGAUUAUGGAUACUGUAUCAGAUGGAGGAACCAGUGCUGCAUCUAAACUGCCACACAGAAGUGCUACUUAGUGUCCAGUCUGGAAAAGAAGUGCAUUGAAGCCCAACUCAAAUGUUCAUCCAUGCACAUACCACUAAGUUUAAGAACUGAGAAGUAAACCAUUAUAUAACCACACUGGAGUAUAUAUUUUCCUGCAUCUUUUGAAGAAUAGGUACAUUGUUUUUGACUAUUUUCUAUUACAAUAAAAGUGCUGUAAACAUUUU